ACACGCUAACGUUAAAGUGCAAUUAAUGGAAAUUUCAAAAUCAUACGUCUUCCUUUUCACUAUAACAUUCGUUUUAAUAUUUAUAACUUGUUUUCUUACAAAACUUGGUGCUCGUCAUGAGACAUUUCUCAACUAUAAUUCAAAAACGAAAAAUCAAAGUGUUGGAAUAUUGGAAAAAGAAGCGAGAAAGGGCAAUACAACUGAAGAAGAGAAAAAUGGAACGUGCGAGUUUUGUUUUAAACGUGUUCCAAAUCUCAUUGUACAGUAUGGCACACCUCGUACAGCGACAACUUUACAAUUUCAUUUAUUGUGUUUAAUGAUGGCUUUUCUACAUGAGGAUGAGAAGAAUUCUGUUGGUUGUUAUUUUAAUAGGUUUGAAACAAACAAUAAGUAUAGAGUUAUAAAACGACACAGCAUACCCGAUAAAGCGUUGUAUUUCAUACCCGCUGGUUCUUGGGUUUUUAUGACUUCCAAAGGUCCAUUGACAAAGCCAAAACAAGACCAAGUGAGAAGAUUGAAACAAAAGCGAAUAGCUUUUCCAUAUAUUGCAGAUGUUAAUCUUGUCUCAAAAAGGAGUCAUUUUAUCGCAUAUGAAUAUCAAAAAUUCUUUGGUUUAUCAAAUCAAAAUAUGACACAUGUCGUGGAAUAUUUGCGAUACUGGGAUAUUCUUCGGGUUUGUUGUGGAAUGCAAAUGUCAGGGGAUUGGCGCAAUCAUCUAGCACCAAAGAAAAAUUACAGGAAUCACCACGACCCUCACAGUCUAUCAUACCCUGCUUGUGAAAUGUAUAAUAUAAGUAAUGUUGAAGCCCUGCUUCUUAAAACACAUGCAUACAAGACAUUUUCCAGUCAUUCUUCAUUGAAGAACUUUCUUGGAAAACCGUCACUAGUUGACGGAAAUUUGGAUGGAAGUUAUUGCAAACGCUGCAAUGCCAAGAUUUCCAAAUUUAAAUUGUCUUUUAAUAAAAGAUGCGUAUAAUGUUUUGCGUUUCAAAAAAGGCAUAGGUAUGUUUUAUUUAAUAUUUACAUAAAGUUUUGAUGAUCCAUGAACAAGAGGAAAUUAACACAAUUCUUUAAACAACUCUUGAGCGGAAAGCGACUUGUUGUGAUCUGAUAUGAGUUGCCAUUCGAUUCUAAGAGGUUAAACCGAGUCUUUUAAAACUAUUGAAAAGAUGUACAUUUUAGUGAUGGAUGACAUGAUUAACUUUGCCAUUCAUCAAUAUAAACAAAAAUAUAUAAAAACAUUCACAUUCAUCAGCUUUACACUUAAGGGCCAAUUUAAGAUUACUCGCUUUGUUGCAAAACAUUUUUUUUACAUACCAUUAUUAACAUGUUUUCUUGUCUCCUUAUACAAAUAAUGGACUGUGCAACUGUCUGCAGUUUACCAAGAUUUGAUAUCGUGGAACCAGGAUAAAAUCAAAUCAUGUGCAAACACGUUUCAUUUGUAAAUAGCAACGGUAAAUCUGAAAGGGAGCUGUUUCACACGGAACAAAACGCAUUUGUGCUGCAUUGGAUUGUAAAAAAAACAUCUGAAUUAUUUUUCAAUCUAUCUGUUUGUUUACUUUUAGAAACUAGGAAAUAAGUUUGUUUUGAAGAAAUUUGAAUGUAUACGUAUAUUUUAAGUUGUGUUUCUUUUUCUUUUGAGAUGAGUUGGAUAGUGCUGUGCGGCUUCAAAAAUAUUAAUAGCCGCCAUUUAUAUAGUAUAGCGAUGUCACACGUGUGUUUCUUAUUUUUAUGCUUUAAAUGACAUAUACAUGUAUACUAUAUUUAUGCUCAAAUUUGAUUUUUUUUCAAUUUUUAUUAAAAGUUUAGAUAUCAUUUAAUUGGUAUAAGAUUAAUAAAGUUCCAGGCAUUAGGAGAAAACAUUACAAACGUGUCAGCUUUGUCUAUAUUUAUGUAAAUACAUGGUGUCGGAUUCCUGGCACAAUGUGACAUAGAUUUAAGGGUACCCGUCAUGUCGCAGUAUAAAACGAGUUCUAUUAGUACUACGUAAUGGAAUUUUCGUGUCGUUAUGCUUCCUCUUUAUUUAACAACUGCGCAGAUCUAAACAGAAAUUCGUCUACGUAGCAAUUGUUUGGUCAUUCUAAAAGUAUGCAGUGCACAGCUGACCAUUCCUCCACAGCCGUUUUACGCCUGCGUAAAACCUCGCUUGUACAUAUU